GUUCAUGAUCAGGGACCUACGUAUGCCUCACAUCGAGGAGCACGAUGGAUUUCACUCCAUGUCACCCCCAACCAUUCACAUUUCAGCAAGCUAUCUCCUUUGACCCCGAAGUUUCCGCUGAUGAGAUCGGUCGUCUUCAAAACUCUAUCUCCCAUCUAAAACGCACACAAGAGGAACUCCAAGAAUAUGCAGAAGACCCGGACAUCGCACAAGCAAUAAAAGAAAACAACCAGACGUUAGCAUCGCAAGAUGAGCGAAUAUUCAUGCUCAAGUUGGCGCUCACUCAGCAUGGAGCGUCGAAUGCCACUAGCGCUCAUUAUGACCUUCCUCCUGAGCCGGAACCAGAAAGCAAAAAUGGUAGGCACGGUGGAUUUACUAGUGAUAAUGGACUCGAGCCGUUGGACACGCCUCUUCCGGGAGACAACUCGGACGUUGGGCCAUCGAAUUCGACUGGGGAGGAUGAACAAGAAAGUGGUGUGCACCUGUAGUCCUACAUCAUUUUUGAUCAUAUUUGCCGCAUUGUACUCUAAUCACUUUAUGCAUGAGUCAAACAGGAUGUUGCCUACAAAUCAAUCCUUCAGGUGCUAGUGAGCCCUGGUUAACAUGCGUUUUUGAUAUACACGUUGGUCUGAUGACUAUGCAGC